GUGAGGUCACCGAGUGAUUGGAAUGGUGGUACCCGUUGGGACACUUAUAGGAGAGGCUGUUCAGAAAAAAAUCGAGUGUUUCAUUGUAAUGGUGCUAUUGCCAGUUACAUACCUAGUAGCAGGUGCAAAAGUAAAUGUGUUCGACAUCCAGAUGAAGCAUUUUGCAAUUUUAGAGUUACUGAUAUUCCUUGCUUUUUCAUUGUGAAGCUUGUAGCAAUAGUGUUGCCGUCCCUCUACUGCAAUAUCCCUAUUCAGGAUGCACUCUCACUUGGUCUUAUCUUACAAUGUGACGGUACAUUCAACCUACUGAUUUUCUCUAGUAUGUGUACAAGAAAGACGCUGGAUGAAAAAUCUUACGCCAUCAUUGUCCUUACGAGAGCUUUGACAACAAUGGUAUCCACACCAGUAAUUAAAUGUAUUUCGGAUCCUUCGAGGAGGUACGCGGACUACCGGAGACGAGCAAUACGAAACUCUACUGUUAAGAGAGAGCUCCGCAUACUUGCUUGUGUUUACAGCCAAGAAAAUGUUCCCAGCAUCAUAAAUUUCCUUGCGGCCACUAAUCCAACAAAAGAUUGCUCUGUUUGUAUCUAUGUUUUGCACCUAGUUGACCUGGUAGGACGUGCAGCUUCGCUCCUCGUUGAACAUGAUAAACAACCGAAGCAGAAACAACUUACACAUAUACAAUCUCACAGUCGCGUGUCAGAGAAAAUUAACAAAGCUUUCGACAAGUUUGAACAACGUAGUCAGAACUUCACAAUUGGGCAAGCUUACACCGCCGUAGCACCAUUUGCAGGCAUGUAUAACAAUGUGUGCGACAUAAUAAUGGACAAGAGGAUAAAUCUGGUGAUCAUACCCUAGUGAGUUAGCGGAAACUCCUAUUCGGGCUGUCAACCAAAGUAUUUUGCAAAAGGCGCCUUGCACCGUGGGGAUACUCUUCGACCAUAUAAACAGCUCAAAGUUAUUCUAUGAUGUUCCCAUAAAGCGCUAUAACGUUGCCAUGAUCUUCAUCGGAGGACCUGACGAUCGAGAGGCAUUAACAUAUAGUAUGAGAAUUGCCAACGAGCCAAACUUAAGACUCACGGUUUUUAGAUUCACCCAUUCAGAAGUUCGCGGCAACAAUACAAGAGAGACGAAAAAAGACGAUAAUUUGAUAAAGGAAUUACAAAAGAAAAUCACGAAAACUGGAAAUAUUGUGUACAAAGAGGAAGAUGUAACAGAUUGUGGAGAUACAUCUAGUAAAAUCAAAAUUAUGGAAGAAACUCAUAAUUUCAUAUUGGUGGGGAGACAACAUGAUAACAAUUCACCAGUUUUGUUAGGACUUGAUGAAUGGUGUGUUUAUAAAGAGCUUGGAGUCGUUGGAGACCUUCUUGUUACCUCUAAUUUCAAGGGAAAUUAUUCUGUUCUGAUAGUGAAACAAUAGUCUUGUAAAGUAGGAAAAAUAUUUGG